GUUUUGAACUGGCCUUAGGGUACGAUUCUUGUGUUCCUGUAUUUUGGAAAGGGGUGGGGGUAGGGGGCGCUAGGCCUGACUGUUAAAUGUAUGGCUUUUUCAGGAUUGUCAAUUUCAACAGUCCUCUUACGUCAAUGGCAGCGUCGAGUCUAAGAAUAGCCGCUCCAAUAAGGGAUUGUAUUCUCAAAUGUGGCAGUUAAUUUUAAAGGUCCGUAGAGGAAUGGUGUGAUAUCUACAAGAAUAAACUCGGUCCAGGUAGGGCUGCGAUUAAAUAAGCUACACAAAUUUUGUGAUAAGAAGGCUUGAAAUAACUGAUUGUAAAUUUAUAAAACUUUAUUUUUUAUUGUUGCGACAUUUUUUUCGAGCCAACGUUAAAUCAUUAUUUCUUACUAGACAUCGUCCUAUAUGGUUAUUUUAUAAGCUUUGUAAAUCAACGUACAAAUUACAUUAUAGCUCUCUUUAGGUCUUCAUUAUAACGCCUUUCAAAAUGAGACGGUCAAACUACAGUUACUGAAACUAUUGUUCGAAUAAAUCUGUACUGUCAUAUGUUUUUUUGUGUGGAUACAAUCAGUAAAGCUUAUUUGCUACUCCUACUACAGGUGUAAAGUCAUGUCUUGUGUUAGAUUGUAAUCAGUGAAACUAUCGUUCUACUAAAUCUGUAUUACAUUUCAAGCUUUAACAUACCCUGUUCCACUACUUCCUGUCUGUAAAUGAUAUAUCUUCCAUAAGUCAUUGUUUGAUCCGAAAUCGUCCCAAUUUGUGUUUCUUCUAAACUUUCAAUACAAUUCAUAAGGUCAAAAUAUUUAUGCUGUACAUUUUACAUAAUAAUAAUGAUUAUGUUUCACUGCAUUUUAUACAAUGUCUUUUAGAACACAAUAUUUAACAAUUUUUUUUUUUUAUUAACAGAUUAAACUGACCCACCCAUGGGUCUAUCAAAAGUUUUACCAUUUCACAGUCUGCUACUGUUGUGUUAUGUUUUACAAGGUAUGUCUCAUAGAUUUCAGAUUAACACACAAAAAAAGAUGGUAUGUAGGGACAUAAGGUUAAUAAGUCAAAAAAGCUGUUAUGUAAAUCGCUUUCUAGUGCCUAUUAUACACAUUUAAAAAUAUGUUAAAUGUUAUCAGGUAAGAUUAAGCCAAUGGCUAAGUGGAAUAGGAUCUUUGAAUUUGAGAUUUUCCCAGGAAGUUUAACAGGACAUACUUCUCUGUUAACAGAAGUUUAAGACAUUUACAAAGAACAAUAUCCAGCGUUUAAUCAUAAUUCUUAACCUUUGUUUUUCAGGGGCGUAGCUGGGUUUUUUUCCCGCCAGGAACGGGCUAAGAUUUUUUUAUCGCACUCUUUUACGAAAACAAAUCUGCAGUAACCCGAAAAUCUCCCACCCCACACACCUCCAUCUAAAAAAAUACCUCAUAGGGCGGACCACUCUCACCCCCAAACCCCUUCCUACGCCACUGCUGAUAUUGUUACAAAAAAGUUACAAUACCAUGUUUCCAACUCACGAUGUAACUUUAUUGGUUAGGAAUCUUUGACGUCAUGAAGUUUUUCAGGUAAUGGAAGAACGGGAAGAAAGGUGCAUGUGAAGAGACAUGAAACAACACCUAGAAUCUACAUUGUUUCCCAGUAACUUUCUUCCGGAAAAACAUUGUUUUUUCACUUAGUUAUUGGUUUCACCAGAUCGGAACAGUUACAAACAAUAUAGAAGUCCUAAUACUCUUAAAUGCACAUAUAAGUGGUCACAAACAAUAUAGCAUAAAUCUUGACACUCUAAAAUGCACAAGUAAGUACCAGUAGUAAUUGUUGUGGGGUUCAGUAGCAUAUCGUAUCAUCUCUACCUCUUUAUGUUUGACAGAUGGCGCCACCAGUGACUACUGCGUGAAGGAUGAUGAGAGUGUAGAGUACUGUAAAUGGAGCUGUUGUGGCUCUGAGUAUAAUAGGUCUUGCUGUAUGAGGUCAGUUGUGCUAUAACGCUGUAUGUGGUCUCAGUCCUGUCGUUAUGAGUUAAGUUACAUAUUUACUGUGAUAUGUCUCAUCAAUGUGGUAUGUGGUCUCAAUACAGUAGAAAGUGAUCAAAAGAACAGCUGUGUUCUCAGAACCGUUGAAUAAUAGAAGACAAAUACACAUGUUAUGAAUGUGGUAUAAGUACUUUUGUAUGUGGCCUCAAUACUGUUGUAUGCUGUAUCAUUACUUUAAAAUAUAAUGUCAAUUAUCUUUUCGGCCGAGACUCAGUCUCUCAUGGCCGUGGCUAUGAUUUUGGCGGUGAGCCUCAUCUGCUGGGCGUCACCGUAAAGCUAUUCUUCAAGGCAGGCCUCCGGGCCUCCCCAUCCACCCCCGCCCCCCCCACUAGGGGUAAACGUUAAUCGUUUGCAGCGAUGCCUCUGAUAGUUCUGGUUGAGGGCUGGCUUUAUUUGCAUUGAGGGUCGUCAUGGCAAGACGGAUUUCCGGCCGGAUAAGGCUCUCGUGGGGUCCCCGCGCUGGGAUCACCUUCACUUUUUCCCUGUUUCCGGGUAAAACCACGUCUUCUUCAAGACUGUGGACCUUGUCCAUGUAGGACGGUCUCUUUAAUCUGGUAUUUUUACCCUUUCGUUCUGUAGUUGGAAACAGGGUUCUUGCCUGUCCAUACGUCGGUAACGCUCAACCGUCGUUAGGACUGCCUCUUCCCGCCUGAUAUCGAGUGUUUCGACGUCUGCCAAGACUUCCACCGCUGAUGUGGGUGUCAUGCGUAUCGCCCCGCACACAAACCUAAGAGCUCGGUUUUGGAUUGCGGACCAGCUCCUCUAGAGCCGUGUGGCUCGCAAAGGUCUGGACGGGCAGGCUGUAGUCCAUUGCACCUCUCACGCUGCUAAGAUAAAGGGGCCUUAGCAGUCUUGUGUCAGCGCCCCAAUCAGUGCAGGCAAGCUUCUUCACCAGGCCUAAUUUUUGGGAAGUCUUCGCGCAUAGUUCACGUAUAUGACUGUGGGGCUGGCGUUUCUGAACCACCUUCACGCCCAAAUACACUGGAGUCCGAUCCCAUUGCAACUCUUUACCGUUGAUGGUGAGUUUCGUCUCGACUUUAAGUGCGUUCUUCUUAUAUGUGAACUUAAGUAAACCAUCUUGUCUGUGUUUACGACCAUUUUGCCCCUGCUCGCGUAGGCUUCUAUUCUGUUUAGGUCAUUUUGCAGCCGGAUCUGCAAUGUUUUGACAUUCUUUCUUGAGCUCCAGAUUACUAGAUCUUGGCUCCUCUUCUCUCCACACUUGGAGUGUCUUUUUUGUUUUGCAUGUGUACUGUUUUCUGAGGCAUCAGAAAAGACAUCUAGUGCAUUGAGCAAACCUGGAGUUGGCUUCACCAAAUAGAGAAACCCGAGAGACUGAAAGGACAUGAAGAAGGAGUCCACCAUAGACAAGCUUUUUUGAAGUGGAAGCUAGAAGAAGAAAGGCUUAAGGCAGAACCACAUGAACUGUCACAUAUGCUUCAUGAGCAAAUUUUGACAAAAAUAAGCAGUAUUGGAGAGAAAUAAAUUCUGAAGCGUGUAGCAGCAGCUGUCAAGUACAUAGCAAAAACCAACUCAAGCUUACGUGGCCACAAAGAAAAACUGGAUUCUCCCAAUCCUGUCAACUUCCUAGCAUCUUUGAAAUUUCUUGCAGAAUUUGAUGAAGUUACGAAACACCACUUACAUAGAAUUGAACCUGGGAAGACACAUUAUUUGUCACCAGAAAUUCAAAGUGAGUUCAUAAACUUGAUGGGCAAUAAAGUUAGGGAAUCAAUUGUUGGGAAAGUCAAGCAAGUUUGUUACUUUUCUCUGAUGUUUGAUUCUGCUCCAGAUGUUUCUCACCAAGAACAAGUAUCCCUCAUAGUUCGCUACUUGGAUGUGGAGAAUUUCGAAAUGAAAGAGUCAUUCCUUGGUUACUUUGAAAUUGUGAAGCCAGAUGCACAACAUUAUGAAGAAUUUGUUCUGAAACCUCUUAAAAACAUUGGACUGGACCUUGAUCUGUGCAGAGGUCAGACCUAUGAUAACGCAGCCACAAUGUUUGGCCAUCUGUCUGGCCGGCAGAAACGUCUCUUAGACAUAACGCAGCCACAAUGUUUGGCCGUCUAUCUGCCCUGCAGAAGCGUCUCUUAGACAUAACGCAGCCACAUGAGUGGCCGUCUGUCUGGCCUGCAGAAACGUCUCUUAGACAUAACGCAGCCACAAUGAGUGGCCGUCUGUCUGGCCUGCAGAAACGUCUCUUAGACAUAACGCAGCCACAUGAGUGGCCGUCUGUCUGGCCUGCAGAAACGUCUCUUAGACAUAACGCAGCCACAAUGAGUGGCCGUCUGUCUGGCCGGCAGAAACGUCUCUUAGACAUAAAUCCAAAGGCAACAUUUCUGAACUGUGAUAAUCACUCUCUCAACCUGACAGCGCUUCAUUCUGCUGAGAUAGAUUCAGCAUUUGUCACCUUUUUUGGAACUGUACAUGAAUUGUUCAACUUUUUUUUCCAAUUCACCAAGGAGAUGGGCAAAACUGAAAGGAGCUGGAGCCGGGAGUCUAAUAAAGGAGAGUAGUACAAGGUGGUCCUCAAGAGAAGAAGCUACAAUGGACACUAGAAGAAGUGCACAGAAUCUUCUUCAUGAAGUGGAAAAUUAUGAAUUUUUUGCGUAUCUGGAAUUCUGGUCAAAUCUCCUGCGCCCAAUCGAUAUAGUUCAGAAGAAACUACAAAAGUCUGGACUGCAAAUACGGGAAACUGCUGGAGAGAUUAAGACCCUUUAAAUCUUUCUGAAAAAUGAUGAGAAAUGGACGAAACUGAUCACCCAAUCCAUCGAAAGAGCAAAAGAAGGUAGUGAAUGCUAUGGAUUUCCUGUAAGCAAAACAUACAGAGGAAAGAAAAGAAUUGAUGGGGAGUUGAGUUCUGAUGUAGGACUGUCAAUAUAACUGCAAUUCAAACGUGUUGCGACAGAUGUGCUGGACAGACUUCCAUAUGAUUACGAAGGACUGAUUCCAAAACCACGUGGACACCUUCGGGUUUCUUCUUGAACCAAGACACCUGUUGGAGUCCAUGGAUGAUGACACGCUAAAGAAAAACUGUGUUACUUUUUCCUGUUUGUAUGAUGAAAUACAGGCAAGUCGCUUGUUUAAUGAUGUCAUUGAUGCACGAGCACUUUUCAUCAACAAACCAGUACCACAAUCACCAAUUGACAUAUUGACGAAGCUGGCUUCAUAUGGUAAUGAUGUGUGCUCGAACCUUGCAACCGCCAUCUGAAUACUGCUAACUCAGGCCACUUCCAUUGCAUCAUGUGAGAGAUCAUUCUCAAAACUCAAGUUAAUCAAAACCUAUCUCAGGAGCACAAUGACGCAAGAAAGACUAAUUAGCAUGGCUUUAAUGCCAGUGGAGUCAAAAAUUCUAGACAUCAUUGAUCUAGAUGAUGUUAUAGUGUUAUAGAUGCCUUUCCUGCACAGAAAGCACAACAAGAAGGCGAUAUGAAUUGAGAUUUGUCACUUGUACAUUAAUCUCGCCGAUAAACAACGAUAUUAUUCAUUAAAAGAGUCUUAUUGAUUGUUUUUUGUUAAUUUUACUGAUAAACUGUACCAAUUUGAAUUUAGACUUAUAUAUUUAUUAAGUACAUUAUCUCAUGUCAUAAUGUCGAAUGUCAAAAUGCAGGGGCCCCUAAAGAGGCCAAGCCCCCCCCCCCCGCGCCCCAAAAUCCCUAGCUACGCCACUACACGCAAGAGAGAUUUCCAAGCAGGUUCCACAUUUUUUCUGCCGUCCUGGAGGUCGAGCUUUUCACAUGCACUGACCCAUUUCAAUUUUUUUCGCUUUUUGGACAGCAAACUUCAGCCGUGAGUCGGUUGUAGCCUGCACGGGCAGCAGGUGUCUUCUUUCUCGCGGCCUGUUUUCGGGCUUUCGCAAUUUGCUUUACGAGAUCUUUCAGUUCCCUGUUCCAGUAGGGUCUGAUUUUUUUUCUCCCAUUCGUUCUGGGGGUCGUUGUUCGUACGACCCCAGAAUGGUGCCAUUGAACUUCUCGAAGGCGGCAUCUAUAUCGACUGACAUGAAGUCUAGCAGACCUAGCUUGGUCUCGGUUUGCUUCUCGUACUCACCCCAAUUGGCUUUCCGGAAGAGCCAAUGGCGUCUUUCACACGGGCUUUAAUCAUGCCAAGAGCAAUCUCUAGUAAUAUGGGAAGAUGGUCACUCCCGAUUUCUCACAGUAAUCAGUAAUUAGAAACGGCGUGCCGUUUCACAAAGUAGUUUCCUGGAAUAACUCCACAUCCACUUUACGAUCGUGGAGGAGCUUGGUUACUUUGUGCGCCUUUUGCCCGAUCCCACACACAUUCAGCUGUAAUACAACUAGGGUCUGUUCAAGGUGACCCCUCGCACCCAUUCGUUCACGACCAGUAACUUGUUGGCCUUGCGCGCACCUGUCGUGCGUUACACGCGCGAGCGGGGACCUCUUCCCCCUGAGGACUUCCGCGGGGAGAGGAUGCUGCCCGGGCACCACAACAAUCACUCUAUUCGGUCCCACCUUGCCUACCAGCAGUGGGUGCCGAGGGUUUAUGAAGGUCGCCACGACAUGCUUUAAAGAAUUUAGUGACAUUGCCAUGAGUUUUGGGUUUGGGCAGAAAUCUUCCUCUCAUUGAAGAGGAGGUUUUGCAUCGUCUCCCCCUUGCCCAGUCAGUCAUUCUGUCGGGACGUUUUCCGUCGGGACGUUGGGAUCUUUUAACUUCGGGAGUUUUGAGCGCGCCCCCCCCCCAUACUAGUCUGCCACGCCACGAAGAGGCAAGAGCCCAUGUGACACCAGCAAGUCGCCGGUGGUGCUGGACUUCUAUCUAGAGACGUUUGGCCGGCACAGUCCAAGGAGACUUUAAAAUAUAAAUUAAAGGACUGCAUUCAAGCCUGGUAAAUGAAUGAAAUGGCAAAACGAUGUAUGUGGAGGCUUGAAUUAGACAACAGGACAAAAAAACAUGUUCGUUUUGGCAUAAAGCCUUCUUCGGCUAACAGUAGAAAUGAAAAUAUAACAAAGAACAGAGCACAGUAAACAAUUUAAGAGGUAUCCAAUUGGUGUCGCCGGAAGUGGGAACACAGGAAGCGAGAGAAUAUAAAUAUUGACACUGUGAAAAAUGAGGUCCACAACAAUAAUGGACCAGAAUAUCCAGGGAUACAUCAACACACAGCAAUAAGAAAAUAGAUGAAAUAUAAGGAAACAGAGAAACAUUAGUAGGAUAUUUGAUUAAUACCAUAUGGAGAUAUGGUGCCAAACAGCUGAAUAAAUUUAUUUUCCAUUUUAACCCUCUCUGGUGUGUUACUGCAUGAAAUCAGUGCCGUAAUUAUUACAUCCAAUACACCUUUAUGUUCUUUUCUGUUGAAAUGAGAAGAGACUGGGGAAGGUUUACAUUGCUCAAUAUCCCUUAGAUGUUCAGUAAACCUAUCAGCCAAUCUUCUCCCAGUUUCACCUAUGUCACUAGCUUGGCAUCUACGGCACAUAAUCGCAUAUAUUACAUUACGGCUGACACAGGCGAAACCCUCUUUAAUCGUAAAGGUACCUUUAGGAAGGCUAAUGCUUUCAGUUUGGAGGGUAAAGGGAUAAGUCCUACAGCGGCCUCUUAAGCAUGGUUUAGUACCAAAGCAAGACGGUUCAGACCGAAGGCGACUAUGAAUCAGAAGAUCACCUAGAUUUUCGUUCCGUCUAAAGACAAUCAGUGGAGGGGAUGAGAAGACCCUGUUGGUAUCAGGGUCAGCAAGAAGUAUGCUACGAUUUUUUAGGAAUAUUUUUUUGGCAGUUAAAUUGUGAGGGUGAUAGGUUAGUAUAAGUUUGGUACGAUCUUCAUUGUUGUUUUGACGAGUUUUGAAAGCCUCUUUUCGUGUGAUCGUGCUGAUGCAAUCUAGUGCUGAGACCAGAGUAGUUUCAGGAUAGGAUCUGGAGCAGAAGAAAUCCAUAAUUUAAUCAGCUCUUUCUAGAAAUUCCUCAUCAAUUAAGAAUGUGCUCUAAGUAAUUUUGUAUGUGGUCUCAGUACUGUUGUAUAUGGUAUCAGUUUUGUUGUACAAGGUGAAGUAACAAGUCUACUUCUAUUUGAAUGAUACUAGAAAUCAUUUUUUUUUCCGUUAUAGAUCGAUAGAUAGUGUGCUUGUUUGUUAAAAAAAGAUCGAUGAAAGUAAAAGUCAGGGUGUUAAUUUUUUUUAAAAUGAGUUCAUUAGCAGACUUGUUGUAUUCAGCCGUGCGUAAUUAAUUUCUGAAUUCUUCUUUUUUUGCGUACGUAUUUUCUUAUUGAUUAUUUUAACUUUUCAAUUAUUGUUCCAAUAAAGUUUGUUUGAAUUUUUUUUUUUUUCAAUUUCGUUUUCACCGCUCACGUAUUAUUUCCUUCAAUCUAAAACGCUUUAGAAAAAUUGGAACAAAAUAAUCGAACUUGUUUGCAAAAUGAUAAGAUAAUUUGAAAAAAAUUAAAGUAAAUAAAAUAGUAGAGGAUCGAAUCUCUGGUCGUUUUAUAAAUUGAUUGGUUGAUUUACCUAUUUUUUCAAUUCGUUAAAAUAGAUGUGAUUUUAAGAAAAAAUGGUUCCUUGCUUUUUUUUUAAAAAAUUGUUUUGAUUUGUUUGAUUGGUUCGUCCCCAGCCCAUACGUCAUUGCAGGGAUUGUGUUUGGCUGCAUCGCCGGUGUGUGUACCAUUGCGGUUGUCAUCUUCUGCUUUUGUCAGUAUAAGAAACAGCGCGGUCAGGUGAUCAAUUAUCCUCAAAGUCAGAAAGUUGUCGUCCUUAGUAGCGGUGAGCUUUUUAUACUAAAUUAAACAAGUUUAAGUUAAAACCAAAUAUAAAGUUUAUAACUUUAAUAAUAUAUGUAUAUAUUUUUAUAACUAAUAAAUCAUAUUUAAAUACAUUUUAAUUUUUUUUUAAAAAGUUAAUAUGGAUAGUAAAGGACAGCUUUUGAUUGGUUGACCUUUCUUACCUCCCCUUAGCUCCCCAAAUGGGAUGAAAGUCACAGAAGGAUUGAUUUUCUUUUUACAACAAAAUAUCCACAUAUCCAUACUUGAAAGCCACACAUUUGAAUAAGUGUUAAUAGUACUUUGCCCAUAAUAAUAUGUUACUACGAAUCGCAAUAAACUUCAAGAUGGACUCGCACAAUUUCUGCUCUAUACUAAUACUAAUCCAGUUAACAAUACAACGAACAUAUCGACAGGAACCCUUCAUCAGCAAACAAACAAACAGAAAAAAAAACAGGAUUAAAUUUGUUUAAAUAGUACUGAGCUAAUCCAGUGGACAUGGAAAGUAUAUUAUUAACCAUCAGGUCAUCAUUAGCAAUACUUUAAAUUUAGUCGAGCAAAUUCUUUUGUUGACCCAAAUCACAGGUCCCCAAGCAUUUUGUUUGACAACCCCAGUUUAUAAAAGCAUGGGUGAUCCUGGAAACCCAAAUUUAUAGAGUCGAAGUUUACCGCGUCCCCAUUUAAAAAUAGAUUUCUAAUAAGUUAAAAAAAAAUUUUUUUUUAAUGUUCAGUAUAAUAUUAUAUAUAAUUUUUAUUUAAAACUUCAUAUGUAAUGCAAUUUAUUAAAUUGUGACUCGUUUACAAGCUUUACAUUAAUCGGACGACAUUCCAUCUGCAUUCUUUACAUGAAGAAACAUUUUUAAAAAAAAAACAGCCCUAGCGGUGAAGCCUGGAAGCAAAGGGAAAGAGUUCAAAUUUUAAAGAAGUAAAGGGAAAAAAUUCAAAAUUGAUAGAAGUACAGGGAGAGAAGUCAGGCUUUAUACUAGUAGGAAAUGAGUAAAAAAAAAAAAAGUAUGUAAAAACCUGCAAAAAGCAGCACAACAAAACAAGGAACGUAUCGAUAGGAAACCUUCGUCAGAAAAUAUACAACAGAAAAAAAAAAGAAAAUAUUUUAGUUAAAUUUUAAAAAAAGCUUUGAGCUGAAAUAUAGUAUCCAAAAGGGAAGCAAAAGAAAUUUUAUAGAAGUAAAGGAAAAAAAUUCAAAUAUAAAAGUAAAGGGACAUAAUUCAAACUUUCUGAGAUUGACUGAGAUGGAAGUUAAGUUCUUAAUUUUCGUUAAUUUAACAAAAAAAAUCAAUUUCUAUAAGUUUUCAUUUGAUCUAGAUUAACAUUCAUGGAAAAGAGUCUUUUUAAAAAGAUGCUAAUACAUAUAUUUGUAGCAUCUCACAAGGAAAUCCCUUCAGAACACAUGUGUUGGGAAAUGGAGACGUUAAGACUUUGAAUUUCCCGAAGACAAAAAAACUCAAUCGUAUUUGUGUUAACAUUUAAACGUUACUAGCUGAACAAUGGCCUCUCUCUUCCUCCAGGUAACGUCCAACAGCAGCAGCACAACGGUUACGCCACCACCAAUUCCUUUCCGGGCUACAACACACAGUACAACGCCACGCCGCCAACCCCCUACACACACCAGGCGAAUUAUCCACCACCACCAGCACCACCAGCACCACCAGUCCCUCCAGCGUACACCGCUGCCCCAUCUCCGCCACUCGCCUUUACCUACAACGCUGCACCAAGUAACCCCUUUGCUGUGGCGGCCAAUCAAGCAGCAGGAAGGACUCCCACGGCCAAGUGACAUUGCCCCCCCCUCUUAUGUCAAGCUGACCUUUCUUAGAACUGGAUACUUAUAUAACUAAUUGGACACAGGCUGUCAUUAAUAAAAUUUAUUUAUACACUAAUUACUGGUGCCAUGCAUAUUUCGACCACUGAAACAUUUUUUUUUUUGUUUUUUGGUGCACCAUGCUUUGUAUGCGGGCAGCAAUUUUUCAUCAAAGUGUGUCAAUUGCUUUAAUUAUUGAAAUUAAUUUUAUACUUCUGUUAUAGCAAUCAGGUGAGGUAUCUCAUUAAUUGCCCAAAGAGGCAGCCACAUGGUAAAUAUCAUGUAUAAUAAAUGCAUAGCAAUGAAACCCAAAAAUGCAUGUGAUCAUAUAGUGUUAAUGGGUUGAUUAUAUUGGGUUACUGGGCUUGCCGCAUACUAUAGGAAGCUAUGGUUUUAAAAAUACAAUGUAAUGCCACUAAUUAUAGCUCGUUACGGUGUUAUUUUUCAAGUCCAUUAAAUAAAUUAGAUGGUUGGUUGCACAGUUGAUUAUAAGGUGUGACGUGGCUUAUCAAAGUUGACUUCGUGUUAAAGAGGGUUUUUGUAUAUCAUUAUUAUGGGUUGUAGAGUGGGUCAAAUGGUUAAUUAUUCCUAAAUAGUGCGUUCACUUUAGUUAGUAAUUUAGUUAAUUAUAGCUGGUAACGAGAAUGAUUUUAAUGGGAUACUGUGUUGAUUUGAACAGGUCAAAGGGCUGAUUAAAGCCUAUAAUGGGGUUCAUUAUACCUUGAAAUGGGUAUUUUACUGGGCUGAUAAUAGUGGUUUAAGAAAAUGGUCAUAGUUUGUUACAAGCUUAAUUGGAGACUGAAAAUGAUCAUAGUUUGUUACAAGCUUAAUUGGAGACUUUGCAAGUUCACUACAGCUGGGUUACAGGGUUGAUAAAAUCAAUUUACUUAGUUCAUUGUAGUGUGUUUCAGGGUUGAUUAAAUCAAUGUACGUAGUUCAUUGUAGUGUGUUUCAGGGUUGAUUAAAAGAAAUUACUGGGUUGUGAUGUCCACAAUGAUAUGUAACCAUAUUAUGUCAUUACCUAUAAAGUUUCUAAAAAUUGUAUACUUUUUAUACAUUUUAAAUUUUGGACAUUGAUUAUAUAUUUUAAGCACUUUUUUUGUUUUAGCUUAUUUUUGUUCAUUUUGACUAUUUAUAACUUUCAAACUGUUGUAAUUUUAGCAUACAUUUACAAAAACUUCAGGCAUUAAUCCAAACGGAAGGCCAUGGCUCACCUUUUAGGAGGCUAACAAUUUUGCUCCAUCUAAAUUGUGCAUACAAAAUAUUAAAAAUGACAAUUUAAAAAAAAAUAUAUUUUGAUAAAAUUAUUUUUCCCAACGAGUAAAAAAAGUGUUAAUCAUUUUAAAAAUGUGCCUUUUUAACAGUGAAAUAAAUGUAUAUAUUGAUUAUCCUGUUCAGGACACAAUGGGUGCAAUAUUUGAGAUUAUUGACCAUCGAACAAAUACCUGACGAUGACAAAGUCUAAUCUAAAACUAUACAUUCUUUAGCUUCUUAUAUGUGUAAUAUCUCUUUAAUUUGUUCUUGUAAAUCAAUCCAGUACCUGCAUCAAGUUGUUUCAGUUCUGGUGAGACGGUCGCCUCUACACUGCCGAGGAAACUCUGCGGGUUCGCAAGGGUUUUGCCUCUUGGCGGCUUGCCAGAUUAGUAAGGUGAACCCGAUCACCCUUAGCUUAAAAAUCCGACCGAACACGGUCAACUUCCUGCCCAAAAGAAUCGCUGAUCGAAAGG